AAUUAUGGUGCUGACGUGAAAGUCAUCGUGUGUAACUCUAAGAAGGGCGGCUGGAGUGAGGAGCAACGUUUCACGUUUUUUCCCUUUGAACAAGGCAAAGAGUUCAAGGUGAGCUUCUCCUUCAAUCAUGAAAACUUUUAUGCCAAACUUACUGAUGGGAACAUGGUAACCUUCCCAAACCGCUUUGGAACAGAAACCUUCAAUCACCUGGAAGUAGCUGGGGCCACGGUCACCAGCAUGGUGGUCACCUGAGCAGUGAAUAAAGUCGUAAGCCCUAUUCAGACCAUAAUUGUUUCUCGUGGGGGUGUAAGAUGGUUUUAACAUUUAUGGGGGAGACAGUGAAUUUCUUGCCAUACGUUUUUCUCCAACCAUGUUGAUCAUGUGAUUAAUAAGUGCAUAUCCAGGUGUUUCGAAUUCCAACAUAUCCACCGUGAAUUUAUCUUCAUCCGAACGCAUGAGUUUUAUCGCUGAGGAACUACAUGCAAAUUUAUUUUUACAGACGUCCUUACAGACAAUUACUGUCUGAAGAGGGCUUAUAGAGAAGUAUGUGAAUCAUUCAGUCGGAUCUCAGUUCUACUGCUUUCAAAUCUUCAAUGUUCACUGAAUAAAAAUCACUGCAAAUAAAUCCA